CCUGGGUCAGUCAGAGGCAGCCGGAAUGCGGCGCCUGGAGAAGAGAAAGGCGUCUCUCCUUCAAACUUCUUAAGACCUUUCACAACAUUUUCUGGUCUCUAUCGCCGUCCCUAUGAAAGACAAAUCCUCGCAGCUGGCAUCCUUUAUGAAACAGAGGAGAAUGGGACUGAAUGAUUUUAUUCAGAAGCUUGCCACCAACUCCUAUGCAUGCAAACACCCGGAGGUGCAGUCCAUUUUGAACCUGACACCGCCGCAAGAUGCCGAGCUAAUGAACACUAACCCCUCUCCUCCUCCCAGUCCAUCUCAGCAGAUAAAUCUGGGUCCUUCCUCCAACCCCACUGCCAAACCCUCAGACUUCAACUUCCUGAAGGUCAUUGGAAAAGGCAGCUUUGGCAAGGUGCUGCUGGCCCGCCACCGAGGCGAUGACAAGUUCUAUGCAGUCAAAGUGCUACAGAAGAAAGCCAUCCUGAAGAAGAAAGAGGAGAAACAUAUUAUGUCCGAGCGUAACGUGUUACUGAAGAACGUGAAGCACCCGUUCCUGGUGGGCCUGCAUUACUCCUUCCAAACUGCUGACAAACUCUACUUCGUACUGGACUACAUCAACGGGGGAGAGCUCUUCUAUCACUUGCAGAGGGAGCGGUGUUUUCUGGAGCCUCGUGCCCGUUUCUACGCAGCCGAGAUUGCCAGCGCUCUGGGCUACCUACACUCUCUGAACAUUGUGUAUCGGGACCUGAAGCCUGAGAACAUCCUCCUGGACUCCCAGGGCCACAUCAUCCUCACAGACUUCGGCCUGUGCAAGGAGAACAUCGAGCCCAAUGGAACCACGUCCACCUUCUGUGGAACACCAGAGUAUUUGGCUCCUGAGGUAUUGCAUAAGCAGCCGUAUGACAGAACAGUGGACUGGUGGUGUUUGGGCGCUGUGCUCUAUGAGAUGCUAUAUGGCCUGCCUCCGUUCUAUAGCCGGAAUACAGCGGAGAUGUAUGACAACAUCCUGAACAAGCCUCUGCAGCUGAAGCCCAACAUCUCCAAUGCUGCUCGACAUCUGCUGGAGGGCCUGCUCCAGAAGGACCGAACCAAGAGACUGGGCUGCACUGAUGACUUUACUGAGAUCAAGAACCACAUGUUCUUCUCCCCCAUUAACUGGGAUGAUCUGAAUGCUAAGAAGCUCACCCCUCCUUUCAACCCCAAUGUGACUGGCCCGAAUGACCUACGGCACUUUGACCCAGAGUUUACAGACGAGCCGGUUCCCAGCUCGAUUGGCUGCUCACCCGACAGCGCUCUGGUGACAGCCAGCAUCAGCGAAGCGGCCGAGGCUUUCCUGGGCUUCUCCUACGCUCCCACCAUGGACUCUUACCUGUAGCCUGUCACCAUGGAGACACCAUUCCAUAGACUCUUACCUGUAGCUCAUUGCCAUGGAAACGCCGUACCCAUGGAGUCACACCUGUAGUGCAUCACUAUGAGAACGAAGCCAGCCCCAUUUUCCCUGCCCCCGAAAAGGUGGGCUGUUUGCACAUGGCCUAAGGCAGCUCCACGGGCCUUAAGUUUUAAGGCCUAAAUCUCACGCAUUGAGAGAACUGACUUCAUCUUUAUCGUCAUCAUCAUUGUCUUUGACUGCGCUGAGCAUGGUUACUUCUCCGCUUACACCCAGGUCGUUCUGGAUGGACACAGGGAGGCAAAGAGGGACAGAGUCGGACUGCUGUUGGGUGCAUUUGUUUUGUUUUCUUUUGAUCCCUCAACACAUCUGCUUUUUUGAGGGCUUUGUUGUUGUCAGGAGGUGCAGAAUGUUAUUUUUAUUUUUCACAGGAAUGUGUAGAUGUGCCUUCAUCUUUUCUGUCCCUUUCCUCAAACGUGUACGUGUCUUCUGGGUCAUGCAACCAAGCUUAUGCCAGCACAUGACCUCAGUUUAAUCAUGCUGUCAUGCUUUGGUUGGGUGACUCUAUCAGCUUUACAGCUCAUGGAAAGAUGUCUGUCGCACACUGUGCUACUAUAAGGUUAACAUUUGUUCCAGUUUUCUCCAUUUUUAAUUUUUUUUAUGCUUAGCUUGACCGAGUGGGCCAGUGCUGGAGGGUUCCGCUGCUACAUGAGUGUAGAUAGACACCUGGACCAACCAAUCAGACGCCUCAUCUCAUGUUAGUCUUCCAGCCUCCUCUGUGAUGUAAUAAUGCCGCUCAAAAAAGCAUUCCGAUUCCAUCCGAACGCCACAUUCCAUUCAGUACGACUGUGUACUGCUAUUUAAGUUUGUUUGUAUAUUUUGAGUCUGUGUAUUAGUUUUAAUGUAUAUGGAACAACUAAAGAUAUGCUUAUAUGUAACAAUAACUGUUUAAAAAACUGUUCAAAUAUGUACUGUAAAAUUGUAAAAUGUUUUGAUCUAUGUGACUUUGUUUGGUUUGCAAUAAAACUAUUGUUAUUUUCCCCAAA